GUACGAAUAUUUUUGUUGCAGAGCAACUACAGUCAUUCUCAGUCCGGGCAUUCCAAUUUCUAUAGGCUCCAAUGCGAAUAUCAUCCGCGUUCCAUUUUCCCAACACCAAGAAAGAUAUUAGCGAGUCAGUGGGAGUACCCCUCGUCACCUCUAAAGAAGAUUUUUACUAUGCAUUUCUAAGAAGGACGCUGUGGCUUCCCAUUCCAGAAACUUUCAGUUCGUUUGAUAAGGCUAACAUAAACAUUAACUUGUUUUUUAUUGAUGAUGCCAUUCAAGACACGCAU